AUGACGAAUAGCGAAAUCCUCACACCCCAAUAUACUCCCGAGGAUAUCGAAAAGUUCAACCUUGAAUUGGAGAACAAAUCACCUCAGGAUAUACUGAGAUGGGCUAUUGAUAAUCUGGAUGGAUUGUAUCAGACCACUGCUUUUGGCUUGACCGGUACAGCCGCUUUGGAUAUGUUAUCGAAGAUAUCACAGGAGAGGGAAGAGAUCCAUCUUGUGCCAUUGAUAUUUAUUGAUACCCUCCACCACUUCCCCGAAACUCUCCAACUCUCCCAAACAGCCUCUGAAAACUAUCUCGCCGAGUUGCACACCUACAAACCCCAGGGUGCAGACACCGCCGAAGAGUUCGCUGGAAAAUACGGCGAGAAGUUAUGGGAAACCGACGAGGCGAGUUAUGAUUACCUCGUCAAGGUCGAACCUGCCGCUAGGGCGUAUCAGGAGUUGGGCGUGAGGGCGGUGAUCACUGGACGAAGGAGGUCUCAGGGGUCGGAUAGAGCGAAUUUGAAAGUUCUAGAAGUGGAUGAGAGGGGUUUGAUCAAGGUAAAUCCGUUGAUAAGUUGGGGGUAUAAAGAAGUGAAAGAUUACGUGGAUAAAGAGAACGUCCCCUACAACCCAUUGCUGGACCAGGGAUAUAGGUCGAUAGGUGAUGUUCAUUCCACCGCACCUCCCGAUCCUAACGCCAUUAACAACGACGCAGGAGAGAGAAGCGGUAGAUGGCAAGGGAAGUCCAAGACGGAAUGCGGAUUACACACCAAUUAUUUCGAGAUGAAAAAGAAGUUCGAGGAGAAAGCUAAGAAUGGUGGGCAGUGA